GUUGUACGUCAGAUGAUAACACCAACGUUUUGAAAACCCAGUUAUAUUUUGACAGUUCCCUAGAAAAGACGUCUGGUGUUUCUUUGGAAGGAAAGAUCGAGAAGCGCAAGAGAUGAUCUUCCAUGUGGGCCCGGGCCAGAGUCUUGUCCUGGUGCUGUUCUUGUCCCUCGGUGUGACCGCUGGACCAGUGGGAAGUUUCGAUGAAGAAUUGGCACAAGCAUUCCAGGACAUUGUGGAAUCUACCGGGGGAGCGAGCGACGAAGGCGGGGGUCUACAACGCUCCCACCUCUCUGUUCUUUUCCAUGACAUCUCAACACUCUUCAAGAAUGUGGCCAAUAUCCUCCGGACGGACCGCGCACCUUCGGGGGAUGAGACGGGCGAAGGAGAAGACGACACGGAAGAAAUCGGUGAGAGGCAGGAGGAGGGACUAGAAGAAGACGGAGAACAUGAAGGUGAGGAGAUAGAGCAGGAAGAGGAACAGGGAGAAGAUGGAGAACAAGAAGAUGAGGAGAUAGAGUGGGAAGACACCGACGAUGAAGAUGUAGAACUGGAAGAAGACGUAGAGCAAGAAGAGGCGGAGAUAGAACGGCAAGAAGAAGAUGUAGAACUUGAAGAAAAGGGAGAACAAGUAGAGGAAGAGGUACAGUGGGAAGACAACGACGCUGAAGAUGUAGAACUUGGGGAAGAUGGAGAACAAGAAGAGGAGGAGGUAGAGCGGGAAGACAAAGACGCCGAAUAUGUAGAACUGGCAGAAGACGUAGAACAAGAAGAGGAAGUGGUACAAUGGGAGGACAAAGACGUUGAAGAUGUAGCACUGGGAAAUGUAGAAGAAGACGGACCUGAUGAAGAACCCGACAAUGCAGGACAAUUUUUUGACGAAUGGACGAGGCGAAAUUUCUGGCUUAAUCGGCCACGCCCCCACGCUACCCCCCAAGAUGUUAUAGAGGCAAGUCGACAACGAGAACAGGAAGGACAGCAGAGAGAACAGCAAACGUUAAAAGAACGAGAGCGAGAACAGCAAAUGUUAGAAGAACAACAGCAAGAACAUCAAAUGUUAGAAGAACGACAACACGAACAGCAAAUGCUAGAAGAACCAGAACACGAACAGCAAAUUUUGGACGAACUAGAACCACAGCAUGAACAGCAAAUACUCGAUGAAGAUAACAGGCUGUCAUCUGGUGGAAUCGACCAAUCAACAGCCAACGAUAAGGCGACGGUUGGCGAAAUCGCAGCUACCAACGUCAUUCAGCCAUUUGAAGGUUCCGACGGAAAUCAAGAUCAUCAGCCCGAUGAAGAACCUGACAAUGCAGAACAGGAGGCUGGGCAAGGGGGAAUAGCGGUCAACCAGGACCAGGGGCAGGGUGGACAGAUUUUUGACGAAUGGACGAGGCGAAAUUUCUGGAGAGAACAAGAACAGCAAAUGUUAGAAGAACGAGUGAGAGAACAGCAAAUGCUAGAAGAACGACAGCAAGAACAGCGACUGUUAGAAGAACGACUACGAGAACAGCAAAGUGCAGAAGAACGACGGCAAGAACAACAAAUGCUAGAAGAAAGAGAGCGAGAACGACAAAUGCUAGAAGAGCAACAGCGAGAACAGCAACUGCUAGAAGAACGAGAAAGAGAACAGCAAAUGUUAGAAGAACGGCAGCAAGAACAGCAAAUGCUAGAAGAACGGCAGCAAGAACAGCAAAUGCUAGAAGAACGACAACCAGGAGCUAACGAUGUGUCUGCAACCGAUGACAUAGGACAGCCAGGGGAUACCGGUGGAGAAGGGUCUUCCGUUGACGAAAAUCAUCAUCCUCCCAAUGAGGUCGACCAAUCAACAGUCAAUGAUGAGGCAGCAGUUGAAGAAAACAACGACUUACCACCAUUGGGAGCUUCCGGGAAUCAUCGCCCCGAACCGAUAGCCAGCGAUGAGGCAACGGGAGAGUUGGCCUCAGCUCCCGGCGAUACAAGCUUGCCGGGCGGUACCAAACAAUGGUCUCCGUUCGACGAAAACGUGGCAACAAUGGGGAAAGGUGGGCCAUCCAUUACUAUCCAGCGACCCACCAUACACAACGGGCAAAAUGAUGACGAGGCAUCUGAUGAAGAAGGGAACAGUCCAUUCAGCGGACCAUGGUCUCCAUUCACCAAAAACGCCCCUUCUUUCGGGAAGCACCCUCCACAUGAUCAUGCCCACGGGCCUUCAUCCAGCGGUUCUGCGGUAGGUGGGGCCGAAUCGCAGCAGGCUCGCUGGGCAGAUUUGAUCCACAACAUGCGUAAACCAAACGCUGACCCGUUCCGUGGAAAAUGGUCCCCAUUUGACGAAAAUCCACCACCCUUCGGUCGAAAUCCGGGAUCCAUCGGUUGAGGAUUACCGAAAAACGUCAAAAACUAAUCUCCAACUCCAAGCAGAUGUUGGAGAGAAAGAUCGUAUUUUUGUUCAUUGCGAGUCUUCCCUGAGCAACCAUAUCCUUAUCUUCAAGCAGAUGUUGGGAAGGCUAAGAGAAGAUUAAUUGUUUUAGCUACACAUAAAACGGUUAUCUUACUGAACUGUACCACAUUUCGCCAGGCAUUCGCAAUUUGUCGUCUGACAUUUCAUUUUUUUAAAUCGCAAAAUUACAAUUCUAUUCUAAUAUUUUAC